GCUCGUCGUGCAGCGGCCCGCGGCCCGCGGGCGCCCAGGCCUCGCGCGCGCCCGGGGAUGCCGCCGAGGGUCGCUGGCGUCUGCUGCGGCGGGGGCAGCGAUGGCCCCCGCUGCAGGCGGGGCCGGCGUGCCCGCCCCAGGAGGAAAGAAGGAAGGGAGGAGGGAAAGGGAAGGUGGGGGGGAGGCCAGUUUCAGCGCCAUGCUUGCGCCAAGGGCAGGCAGACAUGCUGCGUCGUUGGGGGUCCUGGUGCUCGGCGCGCAUCAGGCCGCAGGCCCCGAACGCGCGCGUCGGGCACCACCCACGCAAGUGCGCGGCGAAGCAUGCAGGCAGGCUCGGCCGGUGAUUCUGUUGAUCGUAUGGCUCUGGGACUCCGGGGGGUCCACGCAGCUGGCGCCGAGCCCGCAUCCCAGCAGCACCUCGGCGAGCCAGGCCUGCGCCGCCGAGGAGCACGCCGAGCUGCUACAUUGUUGCAUGCGUCUGGGAAGGGCACGGAAAUUACUGCACACGCGAUGGGGCACUCUGGGCCAACUCAACGAUACAUACAAG